AGUUUUUCCCUAGGAUAAUGAUAGAGCUUUCAGAACUACAAGAAUUCUAUGACCCUGAUACAGUAGAACUCAUGACAUGGAUAAAGCGACAGGCUCCUGUGGCUGCUGUGUUUGCAGGCAGCCCACAGUUAAUGGGUGUGAUUAAGCUCUGUACUGGAUGGAUGGUGUCAAGCUUGCCUUUAUAUAAUGAUGAUGAUCUUCUAAAAAGAAACGAAAAUAUUUAUCAGAUCUAUUCAAAGAGGUCAGCUGAGGAUAUUUAUAAGAUACUUACAUCUUAUAAAGCAAAUUUUCUGGUUAUUGAAGAUUCAAUUUGCAAUGAAGUGGGACCUGUAAGAGGAUGCAGAGUUAAAGAUCUGUUGGAUAUUGCUAAUGGUCAUGUGGUUUGUGAGGAAGGCGACAGUUAUGCCCACUCAAAAUAUGGACGAUUUUGUCAUGAAAUCAAAAUGAACCAUUCUCCAUAUGUGAAUUACUUUACUCGGGUAUACUGGAAUAGAUCCUACUUUGUAUAUAGAAUCAACACUGUGAUAUCCUUCCAGUCAUGAAACAGCAUGCAAGCUUCUUUCUGAGGAUUGACUAUGAAUGAAAUUCAGUUGGAAAAGUUCCUUUUGAUCAAGGAAGUUAUUUUUGCAGAUGCAGUGUAUUGAC